CACCGCAGGUCCUUUAGCCCACUACUCUUUUCCAGCUCUGGUGCAGGUUACUACAAUAUAGGAUCUGCACAGUGGAUAUCUUCUAUAUAAGAUCCUUCUCCUGAUUGAUGCAUCAAUGAUGGACAGGGACAAGAUGGAGGAGAGUAUAAUAAAUCUCACCCUAGAGAUCCUCUACCGGCUUACUGGAGAGGACUACACAGUAGUGAAGAAGACCUCUAGUGGGCGCUGUCAGGCCCCUGUGUCUGAAGGAUGGGGAAGAACCCUGAGCCCAAUCACAGGGCCUUCACCUCACCCCCUAAUACUUGAGGAAAUCAAUACAGAGAAGAUCCUUGAACUCACCAACAAGAUGAUUGAGCUGCUGACUGGAGAGGUUCCUAUAAGGUUUCAGGAUUUCACCGUCUAUUUCUCUAUGGAGGAGUGGGAGUAUUUAGAAGGACACAAAGAUCUGUACAAGGACGUCAUGACGGAGCAUCACCGGCCCCUCACAUCACCAGAUGACUGUACCAGAAUCUCAGAUGGGCAUGUGACAUCUUCAGAUUUUAAAACAGAGGAUUAUGCUAUUACACAAAAUACAAGUGAAGAACAUGCCAUAAUCCCAGACGUACCCUCAGGUCUUCUCAGCAAAGAUUCAUCAUGUGAUUCUUUUAAAUAUGUCCAAACUUCAGAUUUAUCACAGAUUGCAAAGGAACAGAAAAGCCACAAAAUGGGUGUUGAACAUCAAACAGAGAAGAAGCCGUUUUCAUGUUUGGAAUGUGGAAAAUGUUUUAAACAUAAAUCUGCUUUUGUUAAACAUCAGAAAAUUCACACAGGGGAGAAGCCAUAUUCAUGUUCAGAAUGUGGGAAAUGUUUUACAGAUAAGUCACAUCUUCUUAGACAUGAGAGUAGUCACACAGGGGAGAAGCCAUAUUUAUGUUCAGAGUGUGGGAAAUAUUUUAGCCAGAAAUCAGAUCUUGUUAGACAUCAAAUAACACAUACAGGGAAAAAGCCAUUUUCAUGUUCAGAAUGUGGAAAAUGUUUUACAAAAAAAUCUAAUCUUGUUACACAUCAGAGAAUUCACACAGGGGAGAAGCUAUUUUCAUGCCCAGAAUGUGAGAAAUGCUUUACUCAUAAAUCAUAUCUUGAAAAGCAUUUAAAAAUUCACACAGGAGAGAAGCCAUAUUCAUGCUCAGAAUGUGGAAAAUGUUUUACAGAUAAGUCGAAUCUUGUUAUACAUAAAAGAAGUCACACAGGAGAGAAACCGUAUUCUUGUACAGAGUGUGGCAAAUAUUUUAUCCAGAAAUCUGAUCUUGUUAGACAUCAACUAACUCACACGGGGGAGAAGCCUUUUUUGUGUUCAGAAUGUGGGAAAUGUUUUACUCAGAAGUCAACCCUUGUUUGUCAUCGAAGAACUCACAGAGGGGAGAAACCUUUUUUAUGUUCAGAAUGUGGAAAAUCUUUUAAUUGUAAAUCAAAUCUUCUUAAUCAUCAUAAAAAUCAUACAGGGGAGAAGCCAUAUUCAUGUUCAGAAUGUAGGAAAUGUUUUAAAGAUAAGUCAUAUCUUCGUAGACAUGAGAGUAGUCACACAGGAGAGAAGCCAUAUUCAUGUUCAGAGUGUGGGAAAUAUUUUAGCCAGAAAUCUGAUCUUGUUAGACAUCAAGUAACUCACACGGGGAAAAAGCCUUUUUCGUGUUCAGAAUGUGAGAGAUGUUUUACUAAGAAGUCAACCCUUGUUUGUCACCAAAGAACUCACACUAGAGAGAGAAGAGACUUUCUUGUUCAGAAUGUUAAAAAUGUUUCACAGAUAAAUCAUAUAGAAACAUAGAAUGUGUCGGCAGAUAAGAACCAUUUGGCCCAUCUAGUCUGCCCAAUAUACUGAAUAUUAUGAAUAGCCCUUGUCCCUAUCUUAUAUAAAGGAUGGC